AUGUCCGACGAGGAAUCGGAAUGGGUUGCUCCACCUAGUGUCACCGAGGAAUCAAGCGAUUCAGAGUUCAGUUAUGACUCGUCGUCACCUUCAGAGGGUGCCCAAGCCGCACUCUCUCAGCCUCGGCCAUCAUCGUUUACUCGUGUUGCAUCGUACGAUACAUACGCUGCGGCAAAGGAGGCAUUGGAUGAUCAUAACGGGUUCGUGUAUACUUUCGAAUCGCGCUACGAGACUACAACGUUGUUAGUGCGGGUUUUCCUUUGCCGGUCUCACCAGAUGUGUGGACAUCGACUCAAGAUCAGAGCGGUCGACAUCGGAAAUUCUGUCAUCCAAUUUCAUCUGGAGGAAGGGGGUAGACACACCCUUGUUGCUAGACGAGCAAGUCGACGAGGUAUUCACAUCUCACUACGCGAAGAUGUCGACAGUCUACUAAAAAUGGGAUGGGGGGGCUACAAGACUGCGGACACUACUUCAGCAUCGCUACAUCGACCACCCGAGAAUGUCGACAAACAUUCCAACGGUGAGGCAGAUCGAGAAUCGUAG